CCUACCGGAGCUAACAAGUGACGCGGGAUAUAAAUAGACUACCUAGAUCAGUGUAGUGCCUGCAGUCAGUAAAUGGAGCAGCAAGUGAGACAAGAAAGCGCUUUAGUAACUCCACACAGCAGCACAGAAACAUGCGGCUCUAGCGGCGCCUCCCCCUCACCACAAAGGCCUGAGUCGCUGGUCAGGCCACCCGACGUCAGACCGAAAGAACUCCCGGCGAGACAGACAAAACGACGCAAACCCUCAGCCUCACCGCCAACGAAUUUGAACCCUGACCCGUCCACUGCAGCAUUGACCCCAUCACCCCAGAGGACGGUCCCCAGACGUGUGAGAGAACACAAGCUUGUGUUAGACUCUGUGGCCAUCGAGCAGUCGUUCCUGUCCUCGGCAGCCGUGAGGGCUGUGGAGAUUAACCUGAGAGACUAUGCCCUCCCGUCAGAGCGCGCGCUGAUCGAGAGCGCGGUGCGUGUCUGUGUGGUGCGCUCCAGACGGUACCCAAACGCUGCACAGCUGCUGGAGUGCAUCAUAGACGCCAACUUUGAAGAGGAGAACCUUCUGAAAGAGUUUUCCGACAUCUGUAGCAGUUAUGGGGGUGUUGAAGAUUUCCCUUUUGUCAAGGAGAACUGGACACAAAGUCAAGGUCAGAACCAAGGCCAAUAUAUAACCACAGAUCAAGGUCGGAGCGAUGUCAGAAUAGAUCUCAAUGGACCUCAAGGAGAAAUCACAAAGCAUGGUGGCCCUCAUGAGAAUACCUCAGGAUUUCAGGCUGAGCGGUUUACAGCCGUGAGUCCUGUCGCCGCCGCCGCUACAGAUAUUUACACAGGUCAGUCUGGUGCUACUUGGAGUCAGGUGACGUCAGACAAUUCUGAAAGUGAAAGAAAACAAUUCCCACAAAUUCCCCAAUAUUCAGAACCAUCAACAGAAGUCACAUCGACUGAAAGAACUUCUCAAGUCCCUGAAACUUCAAUCCAAGCCAUCAACCGAACUGGGAGUGAGGUCAAAUUAGGCGCUGACGAAAGACGGAACGAAGCAAUAGGAACAAAUAAAACAGGGGAAGAAUCGACAAAAACCGAAAAAGAAGAAUUAGUUCCACAUGAUAAAACAAAAGAUGAAACAAAGGAAUCACGAAAUAGUUCUAAUACACAUUCAGAGGGUGCUGCCAGAACGGCCAGACCACCACUAACGAGGUCGGAACGCAAUAAGAAACUAAGGACAGUUUUAGAAAAUGAGCGGGAAUACCUCAAAGGCAGAGUCACGUGUUCUGUGUGUAACACACGACGGGUUGAGGUGAUCUUUUUGCCAUGCUCUCAUCUUACCACCUGCUCCGGCUGCGCUAGGCGCUGCAAGAAAUGUCCUCUGUGUGACAGGAAGGUAGCGGCCGAGGCAAAGACUUUCAUCAUGUAGGCGAAUCUUUUACUUAAGUCUCUUUCCUUCUCACGACUUCACACCUACACGCAACCACCUCCCCCCACCCACACUCAUAAAAACACACACACUCACGCCCAAAUACAGACACACGUAACUACCCCCACCCCAAUACACACAGCAUGUGUCCGAUUUUCAUACCCACAAUUAACUUUGAAACACUUUAUAAAUUAAUGUUUCGAUCUUGUGCAAUGCAAUUUGUUUGAUUUUAUGCAUGAUAAAGCCAGGGUUGUCAUACAGCGUUCUCAGGUGCUCUAUAAUAAUAUUAUAUUCUUAAAUCUUUGUUUCAUUAUUAAUUUAUUUGGAUGUUUUGCUGCCUUUUUGCUCAUUUGUUGAAGUAUUUGUUGACCCUACGUCAUAUUAUAUUAUAUAAUAAAACACUCUACUUAAAAAUGUUUCAAAACACUGUUCUUCUUUUACUGAGUUCCAGUACUACAAAAGGCAUUAUAAUGUAUUUAUGUGAGUGCGUUCGUGUGUGUGCGCAUAUUACGUGAUAUUAUAUUAUAUAAUAAAAUGCUCUACUUAAAAAUGUUUUAAAA